UUUCUCGAUCUACCUCUAGAGAUUCGACAACAAAUCUACACCUACCUCCUUAUCUACCCCCCACCAGACCCUCACAGCCUUCUCCGUCAUCCCCAGAACACCUCCUCCUCCCUCCACCCAGCCAUCCUCUCCGUCAGCCGCCAGAUACACAUCGAAGCCCUCCCCUACCUAUACGCCCACAACGCCUUCGACUGCCACCCCUCCCUCCUGACCAUCUUCCCGCGCCUCUACGACCCAGGCCGCAGGACCUACCCCCGCGUCAGCGAGGGCACCUGUCCCGGCGUGCGGCUGAUUAGGCGGUGGUACCUGACCGCGCGCCUGGACUGCGGGCCCUUCUGGGACGCGGAGACGAUCGCGGGCGCCUUUAGCCGUGCCGAGGAGCUGACUGUCGAGGUCAGGCAGAACAUCUUCCUGGGGUGUGGGGGAGAUGUGCUCAGGUUGUUUGACGGGGUGAGGGGGGUGAGGCGGGUCAAGAUCUGGGGGAGCACUACGGGUCUGGAGGGGUAUGUGAGGUGGCUUGAGGCGGCCAUGAUGAGCCCGAUCGGGACAGAGAUAGUGCCCUUUAUAGAGGAGGAGGAG